CGAAGUGGCGGCGCUGCGGCGCCAGUGGCUGCGCGACGCGCUGGCCGUCUACCGCAUGUUCGGCGAGGUGCACGCCUGCGAGCUGUGGAUCGGCGAGAAGGAACAGUGGCUGCUGGCCAUGCGCGUGCCCGACUCCCUGGACGACGUCGAAGUGGUGCAGCACCGCUUCGAGAGCCUGGACCAGGAGAUGAACAGUCUGAUGGGCCGUGUCCUGGAUGUGAACCACACGGUCCAGAAGCUGGUGGAAGGAGGCCACCCCAGCUCUGACGAGGUCCGCUCCUGCCAGGAUCACCUCAAUAGCAGGUGGAACCGUAUCGUGGAGCUGGUAGAACAGCGCAAAGAGGAGAUGAGCGCGGUGCUGCUGGUGGAGAACCACGUGCUGGAGGUGGCCGAGGUGCGCGCCCAGGUGCGGGAGAAGCGAUGGGCCGUGGACAGCGCGCCCCGCGCGGGUGGAGCCCUGCAGUGGCGCCUCAGUGGCCUGGAGGCGGCUCUGCAAGCGCUCGAGCCUCGCCAGGAGGCUCUCCUGGAGGAAGCGGCCCUCCUGGCCGAGCGCUUCCCCGCGCAGGGGGCGCGGCUGCGCCAGGGCGCCGAAGAGCUGGGCACCGAGUGGGGCGCACUGGCGAGCGCAGCGCAGGCCUGCGGCGAGGCAGUGGCGGCGGCUGGGCGCUUGCAGCGUUUCCUGCACGACCUGGACGCUUUCCUGGACUGGCUGGUGCGCGCCCAGGAGGCGGCGGGAGGCGACGAAGGGCCCCUGCCGGGCAGCCUGGAAGAGGCGGACGCGCUGCUGGCGCGCCACGCGGCGCUCAAGGAGGAGGUGGGCCAGCGCGAGGAGGACUAUGCGCGCAUCGUGGCGGCCAGCGAGGCGCUGCUGGCGGGAGAAGGCGCCGAGCUAGGUCCGGGCCUGGCGCUGGACGAGUGGCUGCCGCAUCUCGAACUGGGCUGGCACAAGCUGCUGGGCCUGUGGGAGGCGCGCCGGGAGGCGCUAGUCCAGGCGCACGUCUAUCAGCUCUUCCUGCGUGACCUGCGCCAGGGGCUCGCUGUGCUUCGCAACCAGGAGGUGGCGAUGUCGGGCCCCGAGCUCCCGGGCACCGUGGAGGCCGUGGAAGAGGCGCUGAAAAGGCACCGGGAUUUUCUCACCACCAUGGAGCUGAACCAGCAAAAGAUGCAGGUGGCGGUGCAGGCUGCCGAGGGCCUGCUGCGGCAGGGCAACGCCUACGGAGAGCAGGCCCAGGAGGCCGUGGUGCGGCUGCUGGAGAAGAGCCAAGAAAACCAACUCCGGGCCCAGCACUGGAUGCAAAAACUAUACGACCAACUGGAGCUGCAGCACUUCCUCCGAGACUGCCACGAGCUGGAUGGCUGGAUCCACGAGAAAAUGCUGAUGGCGAGGGACGGCGCGCGGGAGGACAGCCACAAGCUGCACAAGCGAUGGCUACGACACCAGGCCUUCAUGGCGGAGCUGGCUCAGAAUAAGGAGUGGCUGGAGAAGAUUGAGAGGGAGGGCCAGCAACUGAUGCAAGAGAAGCCUGAGCUAGCGGCCUCCGUGCGGAAGAAACUGGGCGAGAUCCGGCAGUGCUGGGCAGAGCUGGAGAGCACCACCCAGGCUAAGGCACGGCAGCUCUUUGAGGCCAGCAAGGCUGACCAGCUGGUGCAGAGCUUCGCGGAGCUGGACAAGAAGCUCCUUCACAUGGAAAGCCAGCUACAAGACGUAGACCCUGGAGGGGACCUGGCCACCGUCAACAGCCAGCUCAAGAAACUGCAGUCCAUGGAGUCGCAGAUGGAGGAGUGGUACCGCGAGGUCGGGGAGCUGCAGGCGCAGACCGCCGCGCUGCCGCUGGAGCCCGCGAGCAAGGAGCUGGUGGGCGAGCGGCAGAGCGCGGUGGGCGAGCGCCUGGUGCGCCUGCUGGAGCCGCUGCAGGAGCGCCGCCGGCUGCUGCUGGCCUCCAAGGAGCUGCACCAAGUGGCGCAUGACCUGGACGACGAACUAGCCUGGGUGCAGGAGCGGCUGCCACUGGCCAUGCAGACGGAGAGGGGCAGUGGUUUGCAGGCGGUGCAGCAGCACAUGAAGAAGAACCAGGGCCUGCGGCGGGAGAUCCAGGCGCACGGGCCGCGCCUGGAGGAGGUGCUGGAGCGCGCCAGCGCGCUGGCGUCUCUGCGCAGCCCGGAGGCCCAGGCCGUGAGCAGCGGCCUGGAGCAGCUGCGGGGCGCCUGGGCCGGCCUGCGGGAGGCGGCCGAGCGGCGGCAGCAGGCGCUGGACGCCGCCUUCCAGGUGGAGCAAUACUACUUCGACAUGGCCGAGGUGGAGGCGUGGCUGGGCGAGCAGGAGCUGCUCCUGAUGAGCGAGGACAAGGGCAAGGACGAACAGGGCACCCUGCAGCUGCUCAAGAAGCACCUGCAGCUGGAGCAGGGCGUGGAGAACUACGAGGAAAGCAUCGCGCAGCUGUCGCGCCAGUGCCGGGCGCUGCUGGAGAUGGGGCACCCUGACAGCGAGCAGAUCAGCCGGCGGCAGUCUCAGGUGGACCGCCUGUACGUGGCUCUCAAGGAGCUGGGCGAGGAGCGGCGCGUGGGGCUGGAGCAGCAGUACUGGCUGUACCAGCUCAGCCGCCAGGUGGACGAGCUGGAGCACUGGAUCGCCGAGAAGGAGGUGGUCGCGGGCUCCCCAGAGCUGGGCCAGGACUUCGAGCACGUCACGGUGCUGCAGGAGAAAUUCUCAGAGUUCGCCAGCGAGACAGGCACGGCCGGGCGGGAACGGCUGGCAGCGGUGAACCAGAUGGUGGACGAGCUGAUCGAGUGCGGCCACACGGCAGCAGCCACCAUGGCCGAGUGGAAGGACGGACUGAAUGAGUCCUGGGCCGAGCUGCUGGAGCUCAUGGGCACCAGGGCCCAGUUGCUGGCCGCCUCCCGAGAGCUGCACAAGUUCUUCAGCGACGCCCGGGAGCUUCAGGGACAGAUCGAGGAGAAACGGAGGCGACUGCCUCGUCUGACAGCCCCUCCGGAGCCCAAGCCCAGCGCCAGCUCGGUGCAGCGGACCCUGCGCGCCUUUGAGCACGACCUCCAGCUCCUCGUGUCCCAGGUCCGGCAGCUGCAGGAGGGGGCGGCCCAGCUGCGGACGGUGUACGCAGGCGAGCAUGCGGAGGCCAUCGCCAGCCGGGAGCAGGAAGUGCUGCAGGGCUGGAAGGAGCUGCUGGCAGCCUGCGAGGACGCCCGCCUGCACGUCAGCUCCACGGCCGAUGCCCUGCGCUUCCACAGCCAGGCCCGGGACCUGCUCUCCUGGAUGAACGGCAUCGCCAGCCAGAUCGGGGCAGCAGACAAGCCCAGGGAUGUGUCAUCGGUGGAGGUGCUCAUGAACUACCACCAGGGACUGAAGACGGAGCUGGAGGCUCGGACGCCGGAGCUGACCGCCUGCCAGGAGCUGGGUCACUCUCUACUGUCCAAUAAGGGAACCAUGGCUGAUGAGAUCCAGGUGCAGCUGGACAAGCUGGUCGCCAAGAGGGAAGACGUGUCUGACAAAUGGGACCGCCAUUGGGAGUGGUUGCAGCAGAUGCUGGAGGUGCACCAGUUCGCCCAGGAGGCGGUGGUGGCCGACGCCUGGCUGACGGCCCAGGAGCCGCUGCUGCAGAGCCGGGAGCUGGGCAGCAGCGUGGACGAAGUGGAGCAGCUCAUCCGACGGCACGAAGCCUUCCGCAAGGCGGCCGCCGCCUGGGAGGAACGAUUCAGUGCCCUGCGGCGCCUGACCACGGUCAGCGUCCUAGAUUCUGCCCCGCCCCUCCCUCUCCCCAUCUAAGGCAGACACAGCAGCCGGGGCAAAGCCUUGGGCUGGGGACAGACUGUGGCCAAUGACGGUGCAGAAGGCAUCCUGGCUGGGAUGGGGGACUAUGAGGUAACCUAAAGAGUGGGUCCCCCACCUGGGGUGUGGAGAGCGUCUGAUGAGAGCCUUGGUGAGUGAAGGAUGAUUAUAAUUCUAAAGCAGUGCUUCUCAACCUUCCUAAUGCCACGACCCUUUCAUACAGU